AUUUCAUUUUUGACCUUCUUUUGGUGUUUUUGUUUUCUUUCUGGGCGUUUUUUUAUAUUCGUAAUUCCCCUAUAGUGGGUUUCCAAACUCUCGUCUCACCCCUUUUCGUCUCCGAUCCUGUUACCACUCUCUGCCUGACUCCGGUUUCAAGAUGUCCAAGACUCCAAUUGCCCCCGGCCCUGAGGACAUCCCUCCUCUCCCCAAAAUCCGUCUUUCCCUUGCCCAUCGUGUCGACUGCUUUCUGCGGCUCUGGGCGCUCAAGAUCGUAGCAUCGAUCGUCUUCGCGGUAGACAGGCUCUUCCACCCGCCACCUCCGCCUCUCCGUCCCACUCUCGUGAAGCGCUACCCUUGUCGCCCGGGCCUGCAAACUCGCAUCUUCUACCCGCCAAACUACAAGCCCGGGGACUUGCUGCCGCUGUAUCUGAAUAUCCACGGUGGUGGAUUUGCGCUCUGCGAUCCCCAGCAUGAUGACGAGUUUUGCGUCAUGUGGGCGAAGCGCACCGGCAUGCUCAUCGCCUCCCUCGACUACUCCAAGGCUCCCCUGUACCCAUUCCCCGCGGCCGUCUACGACGUAGCCGCCCUCGCCAAUGCCAUCCUCGUAGACACCACCCUUCCCAUCGACAAGAGCAAAGUUGCGAUUGGGGGCUUCAGCGCAGGCGCGAACCUCGCCCUCUGCGCGAGUCAAUUGCCCGGUUUGAAAGGCAACUUGAGGGCGGCGUUGACCUUCUACCCCAUCGUGGAUUGGAGCCACCCUCCCGACGUGAAGUUGAGCAUGCGCCCUUACAAGGGGGGCCCGAGAGAUUCCCUGGAGGCUUCCAGUUACUGGUUCGACUGGGCCUACGUCUCUCCGGGCCAAAACCGCCGCGACCCUCUGCUUAGUCCCUGCUACGCCAGGAAACAAGAUCUCCCUCCCUGGAUCUAUAUCAUCGGAGCGGAGUGGGAUAUGUUGCGCUUAGAGAGCCAGGAGAUGAUCCAUGUGCUUGCGGGACUCGACGGACGGAAGAACAAAGAAGACGAUUUUGAGGAGGGGACGUAUAAGUGGACGCUGGCGAGAGGAUGCUCGCACGGGUUUACUCACCAUUUCGGGCGGACAGCAGAGAAGAAGAGGAGAAGAGAGGAGAAGUGCGAGCCUAUUUACCAGCAGGCAAUUGCGUGGGUGGAGAAGGCGUUGCGAGAAUAAUGUGAUAUGUUUACCGUUUGAGCCUCCCAUUGGGGAGCAUUUAGAAAGGUUGGCGCAGCGAACAGCCCUGGUUGUUACAGGAACCAAAGGUCGAAGCAAUGAUACAUGGAAGCGGCUGUCCAUAACUCGUAAGAAUUGUGCUUCAAAACUUGUCAUGAGAAUAAUAGAAUUUAGAAGAGCACAUAGAUAGUUACUUAGACUCCUCGCAUCAAAUAUAUAGAAGGGAGUCAUUAAACUUAA